UGGUAACAAGUGUGCUUUAUCGAUCAGAAUCAUGGUGUUUGAGAAACUCAACAACAUGCAGGCUUCAAUUCUGCUCAUCAUGUUCAUUUUGGCCUCCUCUCCAACACUACUACUCUCAUCACAGAAUCCCCCCUUAGCUAAGCUCAAGUGCGAAGAUCGUUGCGGCGAUAUACGCAUCCCAUUCCCUUUCGGCACCACAGAAGAAUGCUACAUCGACCAGAGUUUUUGGGUCACUUGCAACGACACCGGUUUCAAUCCUCCGAAGCUCUUCUGGUGGGACACGUCAGUCGAAAUCACAGAUAUAUCCCUCGACGGCCAGAUCAAAUUGCAGUGGUUCAUUGCAAAAAAUUGUUAUUAUAACGGCAAAAGUAAUAUCAGCAACAAUCCUUUUUCAUGGCUCCCUAAAUAUUUCACGGUGAAUAACACUGCGAAUAAGUUCACUAUCGUGGGGUGUGAUGCGUACGGCUUCGUCUCAGGGCGUAGGAUCGAGCGCAACUUCACGACGGGCUGCACCGCCAUGUGCAGCUCCGAGGCUGAUCUGACCGAAGGGGAGUGUGACGGCGUCGGCUGUUGCCAGACUACCAUCCCCAAAGAUGUGUGGACGGUAGAACUUGAGGUUCGGAGUUAUUCCAAUUAUACCAAUGUUUCGGACUUCAACACCUGCAGUUAUGCCUUUGUUGUUGAGGACGCUUCCUUCAAAUUCUCCAAGGCCAAUCUCACAAACUUGUCCCGCGUGACAAAACUUCCUUUGGUGGUUGAUUGGGCCAUCGGGAAUGGGACAUGCGAGGAGGCCAAGAGCGACGCCACCACCUAUGCUUGCGUGAGUGCAAACUCUACCUGCCACAAGCCCCCAAACGGCUACGGCUAUCGCUGUCGUUGCGAGGAGGGAUUUGAAGGAAAUCCUUACGUAAAUCAUGGGUGUAGAGAUAUUGAUGAAUGCUUACAUAAGGCUGGAAAUAAUUGCACCAAGAAUGAGUACUGCAGGAAUUCAGAAGGGAGUUACUCAUGUAUCUGUCCGGAGAAAUACGAUGGUGAUGGAAGAGGUGAAGAUGGCUGCAAAAAGAAGCAGAAUAUGAAGAUUGCCAUUGUCUUGAUUGGAGUUGCCUCAGGGAUCAUUUUACUACUACUUGCUAUCAUCCUCAUCUACUUGGAACUCAAGAGAAGAGCACAGAAUAAGACGAAGCGGAAAUUCUUUCUCCAAAACGGCGGGCAUAUGUUGCAAGAGAAGCUGUCUAGGAGAGAAGCCUCACCGGAGAUGGUGACGAUUUUCAGCUAUUCCGAGCUAGAAAAGGCCACCAACAACUUCCACAACAGUAUGAUCAUUGGUCAAGGCGGCUUUGGCACUGUCUACAAAGGCGUGUUAGCAGACAGAAGAACAGUUGCGAUCAAGAGGUCUAUAAGAGUUGAUCCCACCCAAAUCGAGCAGUUCAUCAACGAGGUCUUCAUUCUGUCUCAAAUCAACCACAGGAAUGUAGUUAGGCUUCUUGGUUGCUGCCUAGAAACCGAUGUUCCCCUUCUAGUCUACGAGUUCAUCACCAAUGGCACCCUUUCCUCACACCUGCACAAUGAGGCUAAGGCGCGUGUUCUUGAUUGGAACACGCGUCUGAAGAUUGCUGCAGAAACUGCAGGGGUCCUCUCGUAUCUGCACUCUUCAGCGGCUACUCCGAUCAUACAUAGGGAUGUCAAGACGGACAACAUCCUUUUAGACAAUACUUUCACAGCAAAGGUUGCAGAUUUUGGAGCUUCAAAGUUGGUUCCUAUUGAUCUCGCGCAGCUUUCCACUAUGGUGCAAGGGACUUUUGGAUACCUCGACCCGGAAUACAUGCAGACGAACCAGUUGACAGAGAAGAGCGAUGUUUAUAGCUUCGGAGUAGUCCUCUUGGAGCUAGUCACGGGGCGGAGAGCAUUGAGUUUUGAUAGGCCAGUAGAGGAGAAGAGUUUAGCCAACUAUUUCCUUUCGGUACUCAAACAGGACCUUUUGUUUGGAAUUGUUGAUGAUAAAAUAGUGGGUUCGGGAAAUAUGGAGCAAAUAUCUGCAGUUGCUAAGCUUGCAAAAGAGUGCUUGAACGUGAGAGGCGAAGAUAGGCCUAGUAUGAAGGAGGUAGCAAUGGAACUCGAAGGGCUGAUACUGCGAGGCAAGCACUCAUGGGCAAGAAUAAAUGUAGAGAAUGAAGAAGAGAAGGAGUCUUUGCUUCCAAAUGAUGAUGGAAUGAGUCACUUUGGUAAUGGUGAUAGCAGCUCAAGUGUGGGAUAUGAUAGUAUCUCCAGAGAUCAUAUUCUUUUGCCAAUGAAUGGAGGAAGAUGAUUAUCUUUGAUUAGCUUAAGACAUUUAUGUAUGCAUAUCAUUAUAUAUAUUCAGGUGGUAAUUAGUUUUCAAGGGAGAAAUACAAAUUCAGUAAUUUUUUUC